AUGGCGACGACGAAGCCUCGCGGUUCCCUGAUGAUCAUCUUCUUCGUCCUACUCGCCUCAGCCGUUUCCUUGUUCGUCGACGGCGCCGGCAGCGUCGCCAAGGAGGCCUGCGCCAAGACGCCGAAGCCGAGCAACUGCGAGGAGCUCCUGUCGUCGAGCCCCGCGGCCGACGUAACGGCUCUGGCCCAGGCCGCCGUCGCCGCCGCCGCCAAGACCGCCACCGAGGCCGCCGCCGCCGCGCGCGCGGAGCGGGACAAGCUCCCCAACGGCAAGACGCAGUGGCGGUGCAUGGACAGCUGCGCGGCGGGGUUCGAGGAGGCGGCCACAAAGUUCAAGCCCGGCGCUGGUGGCCCCGCCGCGGGAGCCGGCGCGAAGCUCUUGGAGGUGCUAGACUUCGUGGUGUUGGAUGAGGAGAAGGAGAAGUCCAAGGACUGGGAGUGGAAGUGGAGCUGCAACGAGUGCAAGGCCGACCCGACCGCGCCGGCCGGGCUCGUCGUCAAGAACAAGGAGUUCGACAAGAUCAUGGAGUUUCUGCCUGCCAUCCUCAAGCAGACGCCCGCUGUUGUCGCAAAUUCCACCAAGCCGGCGGCCACCAAGGCCUAG